AUGCCUGGAUACCGAAGAAGAACCGGACGCAAAACCGGCUCCUUCCCUGAAUUUUGGCCUGAUGAGCAUGAUGUUCCUGUCAACCUCGUAUCGACCUACAAUGCGUUCAUGAGAAAGCCUGAGCUGCUACCAGGAGAAGAGGUUCAGAUUGUGGACUACACUCACCUCAACUCCGAAAGCCCCGGAAAAAGAAGCAAGGUUAGGAUUGAUUGGAUCAAUUACACUUGGCACCGAGAGGUGGUCCCAAUCCGCAAAGGCGAAGUGGAGGACAUCGUUCGUGCUGAGGCAGACUCUCUGGGCUUGAAGUACGUAGGGAUCCGCCAGGGCCCCCAUAACACCGAAAGCGUUUACGAAAACGGGUUCCCGACUAUGAUUUGGGACCCGAGAACCGGCCGAACCAGAAAGCAGCAGAGAAAAGCCGACUGGCACAUCACCCUCGUAAUGGGCCACAGUAUCAAUGAGAUUGUCCUGCACGGACAUAUGUUCAUUAACUGGGACGGAUUGGCCGAUACUCCCAUCACGAUCGUGACAAAUCCGAAGCCGAAGACGGAAGGGGGGGAGAGGGAAUUCUUACAUGGUGGGCCCGAGGUUUGCAAGCAAUAUUGGGGCACUGUUAGGGGUAGUACUCUGCCCUUGAAGGGCGUCGCAGAAGCUGCUCCGGAAGCUCCCACUACUUAG